AUGACUUUUGGUGAGGUGUACGAACAACAUCCUAGUACACCCCCAAAACCCAGCACCAACAUGGCGGUUCAACAUCCUCAUCCUCGCGAUGAGACCCCUGUUGGUGCUGGAGGAGGAGGAGGAGGAGGUAGAGGAGAGGAAGGAGGAGGAGGAGGAGGAGGAGGGGAGAAAGAGAAGGAUGAGAGGAAGGAGGAGGAGGAGGAGAGGAAGGAGGCAGGGAGAGUUAAGGAGAAAAGAAAGAGCAAGUGGUGGCAGAGGCUUCGCUCUUUCUUCGGAGCUGCCAAAAAACAUCCAAAGAGCAGCUCAGGUCAGGGAGAGGUCGAGCAGCAGCAGCAGGACGAUGGAGAGAAGAGGAAGGUGGUGCGGGCUGGAAGAAGUAGUGAUGACUACAUCUUCAGCCGUUACUCUGUGGGCGAUCAGCUGGGGAAAGGUGGAUUUGGUGUGGUGUAUGAAGGGAGACGUCUGGAGGAUGAUCUUAAAGUGGCUUUGAAAUAUGUCACAAAGACCAAAGACUUGGAAUGUAUAGACAUUCCCAAUCAUCCAGUCCCCCUUCCUAAAGAGAUCGCCCUCACCAUCCUGGCGAAUAAAGGUCGCAGAGUGCCAGAAAUCAUCCGGCUGCUGGACUGGACGGACCACCCUGACCACUUCGUCAUGAUCCUCGAAUGUCCCUCUCCCUGUGAAAAUGUAGUAGAGUUCAUGAGGCGUCACGGUGGAAGCCUCGAUGAAGGCACAGCGCGGCAGAUCAUGUGGCAGGCGACUAACGCGGCGCACAUGUGCUGCCUCCGCGGAGUGCUCCACCGUGACGUCAAACUGGAGAACCUACUGAUAAACAGGGAGACAUCCGAAGUCAAGCUGAUCGACUUUGGAUGCGGGGACAUUCUAAGGAUGUCACCGUACAGGUCCUACCAUGGCACAGCAGCGUACUCACCUCCAGAGUACUACAGCAGGGGCGAGUACUGUGGCUGGCCAGCGACGGUCUGGUCACUAGGGAUUGUGAUGUUUGCCAUGUUGUGUGGACAUUUCCCUAGUGACUUUGACCUGCACCUGCUGCAGUACAAGCGCUGGUCCAAACCUGGCCUGUCAAAAGAAUGCUGUGACCUCCUCAGUGCUCUCCUGCACGAGAAGCCAAUCCGGCGAAUUGGCUUGGGGCAAAUCAGGUCCCACAACUGGUUUUUGGUAGAGAACUUUAGAUCAGCUAAAAACUAAUUACAGGCAAUAUCCUCAUGGGAAGAAAUUGCAAAGUCAAAUGUGUUUUUUGUUGUGUUUCAGGUCGCCUUGUAAGACCAGUCCAGUUGGCGUCUCUCAUGCAGCUUUGCGUCUUGCGGGCUGCAGCGGGAGACGCUUCCAUCCCUCCUCUCGCCUUUGCGUCUUACAGGGCGAGCAAGCCUUGUGUAGCGUCUUGCGCCUUGGCUUGAGGAAGCAGUAUUUGCGUCUGGCGGUACUGCUUCCGGGAGGGAUGUGUACAU